UAUCGCCGCCUGCUCUCGCUCCACAAUCAUUUCACAGCAAGAGAGGACCGCGACGGACCGUCCUGGGGGGGUGGAGAAAGAUGAGACACGUUUGAGUCGAAAAAAAAAGGAAAUCCUCAUGGAAAUAGUGGAAUUACUCUGAAUUUGACUUCGAGAUCGAGAACAACGUUUUGUUAUGAUGAGAGCGUGAGCUGGUUCACAGCUGAUUUAUUUAAAUACUUUCAUACUGAGAAAGAGCUCAGCUUGGUCUUUAGAGAGAAUAGCAACGUACACAAAGCAGUAUGUCGUCCACUGAAGAGCCGUCUGGCACGGUCCUGCACCGACUCAUCCAGGAGCAGCUCCGCUAUGGAAACCCCACAGACACUCGUACCUUACUAGCCAUCCAGCAGCAGGCUCUGCGUGGAGGCAGUGGAAGCAACAGCGGACCCAGCAGCGGGGGCGACAUGGGCAGGAGCCCACGAUCCUCUUUGGAGAGUCUCACCCAGGAGGACCCUACAUUCCCUCAGCUCUCCGCGAGGCAGGAGCCUCAGGGCCAGGAGCACCAGGGAGACUACCACCACUCAGAGAGUGGCUACCAGCUCUACCAGCUGCACGGGGAGGAGCUGCCGACCUACGAGCAGGCCAAGGCGCACUCGCAGUAUCUGGCCUCUCAUUGGGCCUCCACGGGUCCCAUCAGGCAGCUCCAUGAGGAGAAGCUCCUGCAAGAGGGGGCCUUCCAUGAGGAGGCAGAUUUGAUGGAGCUCAAGUGCAGCCAUGUGCGGUCACUCAGUGAACACCGCAUGCAGAUAUCUCUGGAGAGGAAUGAUGCAGCUGCCAAAGCAGAGGCCAUCAAGAGCACCUCUCACAGCUACCCGGAGCUACCUUACUACACCCCGCAAGCCCUCCAGAGCGCCGGGCCGACCCUGGGAAAGCGCAGCCCCCCUCCAGAGUACUCAGCCCCCACUCAGGGCCAAGGAUUUAUCCCCCACCAGGUCCAGGAGCCAGUGCAGGCACAGCAGCACAGGUAUGUUCAGUCUGGUCAGCCAGCUGAUGUCCCCUGCUACAACGCUUUCACCAGCCUGCCACCUGCUGGCUUGGAGGAGCCCAACCAGGUGGAGCUGUUGCUGAUGGAGAAUGAGAGGCUGAGGCAAGAGCUGGAGGCACACAGGGAGAAGACUGGCCGUAUUCAGAAGUUGGAGCAGGAGAUCCAGCGUAUUUCGGAGGCCUACGAGACACUGAUGCAGGGCAGCAGUAAGAGGGAAAACCUGGAGCAGACGCUGAGGAGGAGGCUGGUGGCUGAGAUCAGGAGGCUGCAGGAUUUCAACAGAGACCUCAGAGAAAACUUGGAGAACGCCAGAACGCACGUUGCAAAAGAAGUCGAAGCAGCCGACCACAACCAGCAUAUCAUGGCAAAACUCCUCGAGCAAAAUGAGGAGCAGAACUUUGAGCGGGAGCGCGCGGAGCGAGAGCUGGAGCGGCUGCGAGCAACGGCGGAGGAGCAGAGCCUCAAGGCGAAGCGGCUCGAGGAGGCCCUGGAGGCGGCCCGGGGACGCGGCCGCCAGCUCGAGGAGGAGCUGAGGAGGAAGAGGGCCUACGUGGAGAAGGUGGAGAGGCUCCAGAGCGCGCUGGCUCAGCUGCAGUCCACCUGCGAGAAGAGGGAGAGCCUGGAGAUGAAGCUCAGGACGCGACUAGAGCAGGAGCUGAGGAGUCUGAGGGCACAACAGAGGCAAUCCCAGCCACCAGGAGUGACCAUGAGCUCCCUCCAGGAGCGUCUGCGUGAGCGGGAGGAGCGAAUCCUGGCCCUUGAAGCCGACAUGGUGCGCUGGGAGCAGAAGUACCUAGAGGAGAGUACCAUGAGGCAGUUUGCCAUGGAGGUGGCUGCCACUGCUGCCGCCCAGAGAGACACCACCAUCAUCAACCACUCGCCCUGCCACUCCUCUAACAACAGUUUCAACGAGGACCUGCCAGUUGCCGACUACAGGAAUCAAGAGAUGGAGAACAGGAUCCGUGCCCUUUAUGCUCAGAUCUUAGAAAAGGAUGCUGUCAUUAAGAUCCUCAACCAGCGGCUGCACCAGGACCAGGGACGGAAGGAUGAGCAAAGUCCCCGGACGAACCUCCUGAACGUGGCGGGGGCACCGCUACGACCCGCCUCCUCCACUCCCUCCAUCAACACCCUCAAGAGCAACGCAAAGAGUCGAGGUAAGAGUCUCUCAGACGAUCAGACGCUGCCGAACCGUCAGUUCUCCGCUCAGUCUGAACCGGGAACGCUAGAGCGGCAGGUGGAGGGAACCAAAGCCAAAGAGGCUGCCAGCAGCACGACUAAGCUCCACAAUGACAAGGCAGCUCCAAAGAAGCUGCUGUUAAACCCUUUCAGAGGCCUGGAAGAGCUGGAGUCAGAGGCAGUGGAAAUCUUCAUUUAAAGAACUGAGAAGUGGAUUUUAAAUGAGAAAACAAAAGCAAUUCUGAGAAUCUGUGAAGAGUGCGAGUCUUUGAAUGGCGAGAGGAAGAAAACAUUGAAUACAAGAAUGUUGUGGAAAGAGGCCAAAGCAUAAAAAAAGGACUGUUUUCACAUUUUUACAGAGCUGUGCUCUGACUCACUUACUCUCACUGAGCUGGACAGCUGCAGGCAGUCUGCCCGGCUGGGUGAGAAAAGAUGAAUCUUCUGAGGUACUUGGACAGUAUUGUGGAUUGUAAUAGGGCAACAUGUUCUCAGAGAGUGUAUGCCAAAAUAUUUAUAGAAAUAUAUAUAUAUAUAUAUAUAUAAAAUAAUUGCUGCUUCCCACCCCCAUUCAUCACCCUCUUUAUCUCUUUUCCCAAUCCAGUGAAUUACAAAGCUACAUAUUUAUCUUAUCUGGUUUCCACAUUCCCCAAAUAUUAACUUAAGCCUCGUGUUCUUCUUCUAGAUAAAUAUUCAGUAAAAGGUUAUCUAUGUGACCUGCAUUCCCCUCCUCUCCAGAAAAUGUUGAUCUGAAUAACCUCAUUCCUAUCACAUGCAUAUUAUCUGUUUGGAAGACUUCCCUUUUGCUCAAUAAUUUAAGCUGAUAACACAUGAGACACUGCUGAUUUAAAUGCUCUCGCUGUCCAUAUUCAUUAAGCCCAAGUAGCUGGUUCUAUACAAGGCUCAGAGGAGUGCAAACAGUGAGAUGCAUAUAAUAUAUAAAUGACAAUUUGGUAUGUUUUUUUUUUUUUUUUUUGCCAAACUGACACAGACCUGGUGUUGUUUGUAUUUUUGGGAGGGUGAUGCAUCAUAGUGUUGAUUUCAUCAUCUGUGUGUGUGUGUGUGUGUGUGUUUUUUUUUUUUUUUUUAAAGACGUUUUCCUUCUCAGACUAUGUUUGCAUGUGUGAUUACAGUAUGUGAGUGUGUUUCCUGAUGUGGUGAUUCUGCUGGUUUGGAUCACCACUACGGGAUAAAAGUUGAAAACUAUACCGUGUUGGUUUCUUGUUUACUGUGAGCUUUGAACUAACAAACAGGUUAAUUAUUAUUAUUAUUAUUGUUAUUAUAUAUUUUAUACAGAUGUUUGUAUUGUUAUUUUAGAUAUAAUAGUGCUUUGAGCAGGACGCCAAAGAGUUUAAUGUUUGUAUGUUUGUCGUAAGUUAUGUGCCGACAAUCACGGUCAUGUCAAGCUGUACCCAACCAACCAAGUGUUGACUUCAAAACAGACAUUUCUGUGAACUUCAAACAGUAUGAAGGUUUUUACAGUUGAAUUCAUGCAACAUUUCAUAAAGCAAUAAAAUAUUCUAAUAUACAUUAA